CGAAACAUCCGGCGUCAGUCGGAGCUCCAGAAAGUUCUGGCACAGUCUGCUGCAGUAUAUAAAACCAGACAUCUUCCUCGGAGGCAGUAUUCAAGACGGGCGUUUACUGGCACUGACGAACAAAAAGGUAAAUAGACGACAUGUUACUAUGGAAUUGGAAUAGUUUGUUUUCAAUAUUUUCUGUUCAUUAGAACAAGCUCUUCGAUAAAAGCCAGACAUCGUUGACAACUGCUAGCUAGCUUUGCCAGACGAGAUUCUUGUAGGCAGUUUGCCAACUAUAUGUGGCUAUUUAUUUGAAACAACAUUGUAACUUGUCAGCAUUUCUAGCUCCUUGGUAGCCAAUAUUCAAUAUUCGGCUUUUCUUUAUCUUCAAAGAGGGAGGUUAGUUUACUUUUAUUUUAAGCUAACAGUAAUUGAUUUGGUGUAUCUAAUUCUCAUGCCUCUGUUAGCUACUACAGAUCCUCCCACGAAGAUGGUUAAAGAGACAGGUUUCUAUGACACUUUAGGUGUGAACCCUAAAGCCACACCAGACGAGAUUAAAAAAGCAUACAGAAAACUGGCACUGAAAUACCACCCGGACAAGAACCCGAAUGAAGGAGAGAAGGUAGGCUAACUGUCUAUUUUAAACAGCACACAUGGCUAAAUGGCUUCUAGGACUGACAGGGACAGAAUGUGAGGAAGGAACCUUCUGGAAUGACCUCAGGGGAAGGCGCUAUGUGCCAACCUGGUCUCAGAGCGUUUUGUAUUAUUCUGUACGUAUAUCCGAGAUACUACAGUUAGUAUGAUAUGUUUCGUAUGUGUUAAUUUGUGGAUGUCCAUCAGCCGUUUCGUAUGAUAAGUUACGAAUUACAUUUCGUACUAUAUGUUACGAAUUUGCAAAACAUACACUGAAUGUUACAUAUUUGCAAAAACGUAUGUUACAAAUUCUGGCUAGGUGGCUAACAUUAGAUAGCCUAGGGGUUAGGGUUAAGUUUAGGAGUUAGGUUAAAGGGUUAGCUAACAUGCUAAGUAGUUGCUAAUUAGCUAAAGUUGUCAGUGAUGAGAUUCGAACUCGCAACCGUUGGCUUGCAAUAUGUUCAUGUUAUACUAUAUUAAGGUAUCUGUGACCAACAGAUGCAUGUCUGUAUUCCCAGUUGUGAAAUCCAUAGAUUACGGCCUAAUGAAUGUAUUUCAAUUGACUGAUUUCCUUAAAUGAACUGUAACUUAGUAAAAUCUUUGCAAUUGUUGCAUUUGUUUUUGUUCAGGAUAAUUUGGUUGUUUCGGAACAAACGUUUACUAUGUUACGUCUAGUCUGAGACCAGGGUGGGAUUGCAGCACCACCCCUAACUGUAGCCUUAUCUCUGCUCUAGGUUGAUUUAAAUGUACUGGGUGAACCCUGAAAAUAACACGCACCUGUUUGCUAUUCAGUUGUUCUCUAGCCUGAAGCCUAAAAUGAGUGUUGCUUCUCUGAAUAAAUAAAUCCUUACGCAAUGAUAAAUGAUUUAACACUGACUAGCUAUUUUGAUAUGGCAGUUAAACAGAAAAAUGAGGAAGCUCCACACUAAUAUUGAAAUAAAUCUAUUCCAUCUUUGGUAUUGCAGUAAAAGACACACAUGUUUAAAUGUAGCUACAAUUGUCAUGGAGUUGGCUAUUACGGUAUUAUAAGAAUCCAAAACCUUUUGACAUGAUGCAUGAUAUUGACAUUACAUAAUGGUCUCUUCCCUCCAGUUCAAGCUGAUAUCUCAGGCCUACGAGGUUCUGUCAGAGCCCAAGAAGAGGGACCUCUACGACAAGGGGGGAGAGCAGGCUAUCAAGGAUGGGGGCAUGGGGGGAGGAGGUUCCCCUAUGGACAUAUUCAACAUGUUCUUUGGAGGCGGAGGCAGAAUGCCUCAGCAGAGGGAUAGGAGAGGUAAUAGGAAUGUUACAAAUUUACUGUCUCACAUUGGGGUGGUUUCCAGGACACAGAUUAGUCUUAAAUCAGCUUAUCACAGUGCCAUCCGUUUUGUCUCCAAAGCCCCAUACACUACCCACCACUGUGACCUGUACGCUCUCGUUGGCUGGUCCUCACUACAUAUUCGUCGCCAAACCCACUGGCUCCAGGCCAUCUAUAAAUCACUGCUAGGCAAAUCCCCGCCUUAUCAACACCCACCCGUAGUCUGCGCUCCAGCAGGUAUAUCUCACUGGUCAUCCCCAAAGCCAACACCUCCUUUGGCCGCCAUUCCUUCCAGUUCUCUGCUGCCAAUGACUGGAACAAACUGCAAAAAUCUCUGAAGCUGGAGACUCUUAUCUCCCUCACUAACUUUAAGCAUCAGUUGUCAGAGCACCUUACCGAUCACUGCACCUGUACACAGCCCAUCUGAAAUUAGCCCACCCAACUACCUCAUCCCCAUAUUGUUAUUUAUUUUGCUCAUUUGUACCCCAGUAUCUAUUUGCACAUCAUCUCUUGCACAUCUAUCAUUUCAGUGUUAAUACUAAUUGUAAUUAUUUUGCACUAUGGCCUAUUUAUUGCCUUACCUCCAUAACUUGCUACAUUUGCACACACUGUAUAUAUAUUUUCUGUUGUAUUUUUGACUUUAUGUUUUGUUUUACCCCAUAUGUAACUCUGUGUUGUUUUUAUUGCACUGCUAUGCUUUAUCUUGGCCAGGUCGCAGUUGUAAAUGAGAACUUGUUCUCAACUGGCUUACCUGGUUAAAUAAAGGUGAAAUAAAAAAAUUAAAAUUAAACUAAUCCAGGACUAAGAAGCAAGAAUCUCCAUUGAAAAAGCUUUUUAGUCAAGGAUUAGGCUUUGGAUAAUCUGUGUCCAGGAAACCGCCCAUUAUAUGUUAUUUGUGCUACUAAAAAAUGAGAAAUCAUAUUGCGUUGUUAUUGUGUAGUGAUGAUUGUGUGUUUGGUCCAGGUAAGAACGUGAAAUCAUAUUGCGUUGUUAUUGUGUAGUGAUGAUUGUGUGUUUGGUCCAGGGAAGAACGUGGUCCAUCAGCUCACGGUGACUCUGGAGGAGAUGUACAAUGGAACCCAGAGGAAACUGGCCCUGCAGAAAAACGUCAUCUGUGAAAAAUGUGAAGGUAUGUUGCAAUCCAAUAUCGAAACCAAGCUCCCCCCAUUAUCAGAUUUGUAGGAGUACUGAUCCAGGAUCAGUUUUACCUCUGAAAUCAUAAUGAAUAAGAGGGGGUACAUGAUCCUGGAUCAGCACAUUUACUCUGAGACGCAUUGUGAAUACGGGUCCAGGUCUCGUGUCUUCCUUCUGAGUUCCGCCAGGUCUGAAGUCCAUUACUCUAACUCUGUCUAGACUUGUACUACAGGUUACGACUCCUAACUCUUGGUUGUCUGUACUACAGGUUACGACUCCUAACUCUUGGUUGUCUGUACUACAGGUUACGACUCCUAACUCUUGGUUGUCUGUACUACAGGUUACGACUCCUAACUCUUGGUUGUCUGUACUACAGGUUACGACUCCUAACUCUUGGUUGUCUGUACUGCAGGUUACGGCGGUAAGAAGGGCACCCUGCAGACGUGUGGUUCAUGUAAAGGCAGAGGAGUGGAGAUCAAGGUGCAGCAACUCGGGCCAGGCAUGAUACAGCAGAUCCAGACCAUGUGUGCAGAGUGCCAGGGAGAGGGUGAACGUUUCAACACUAAAGACCGAUGCAAGACCUGCAACGGACACAAAGUAGAACGCAAGAAGAAGAUUCUAGAGGUUCACAUUGACAAAGGUUUGUUUGAGGUCCUCUUCCCUUGUUGGGAUGUUUUAAAACGUUUAAAAUAAGUGAUUUUACUGUACAAUACUGAGAUGUAUAAUCCCCAAAUGGGAAAUAGUUUUCCCCAAAUUCCCUAGAGCUUGAAUAUCAGAAGUUUCAACUUGCUGUAAAUAAUAGUGUCUGGGGCGCCCUCUGGUGGAGUGUCUGGGGCGCCCUCUGGUGGAGUGUCUGGGGCGCCCUCUGGUGGCGUGUCUGGGGCGCCCUCUGGUGGCGUGUCUGGGGCGCCCUCUGGUGGCGUGUCUGGGGCGCCCUCUGGUGGCGUGUCUGGGGCGCCCUCUGGUGGCGUGUCUGGGGCGCCCUCUGGUGGCGUGUCUGGGGCGCCCUCUGGUGGCGUGUCUGGGGCGCCCUCUGGUGGCGUGUCUGGGGCGCCCUCUGGUGGCGUGUCUGGGUCUGAACUAACCUGUAUUACUAUGCAUCCUGUAGGUAUGAAGGGGGGUCAGAAGAUAGCAUUCCACGGGGAGGGUGACCAGGAGCCUGGUCUGGAACCAGGUGACGUGGUGAUCGUGUUGGACCAGCAGGACCACCCAGUGUACCAGAGGCAGGAGGAUGACCUGCACAUGAAGAUGAGCAUCAAACUGGUGGAGGCCCUCUGCGGCUUCAAGAAGACAAUCCGUACGCUAGAUGGCAGGGUGCUCAUUAUCACCUCUCCACCAGGUAAUACAUUAUAGUGGGUAUCAUAAGAAUUCACCCCCCUUGGAUUUCUUAAAAUGGGUAUUUUGUUACGUUACAGCCUUAUUUUAAAAUUGAUCAACUUGUUUUUUUCCUCAUCAAUCUACACACAAUACCCCCAUAAUGACAAAGCAAAAACAGAUUUUUAGAUUUUUUUUCAAAUGUAUUGAAAAUAAAAACAUACCUUAUUUACAUAAGUAUUCAGACCCUUUGCUAUGAGACUCAAAUUGAGCUCAGGUGCAUCCUAUUUUCAUUGAUCAUCCUUGAGAUGUUUCUACAACUUGGAGUCCACCUGUGGUAAAUUCAAUUGAUUUGGAAAGGCACACACCUGUCUAUAUAAGGUCCAACAGUUGACCGUGUAUGUCAGAACAAAAACCAAGCCAUGAGGUCGAAGGAAUUGUCCGUAGAGCUCAGAGACAGGAUUGUGUCGAGGCACAGAUCUGGGGAAGGGUACCAAAAAAUGUCUGCAGCAUUGAAGGUCCCCAAGAACACCGUGGCCUCCAUCAUUCUUAAAUUAAAGAAGUUUGGAACCACCAAGACUCUUCCUAGAGCUGGCUACCCGGCCAAACUGAGCAAUCGGGGGAGAAGAGCCUUGGUCAGGUGACCAAGAACCCGACGGUCACUCUGACAGAGCUCCAGAGUUCCUCUGUGGAGAUUGGAGAACCUUCCAGAAGGACAACCAUCUCUGCAGCACUCCACCAAUCAGGCCUUUAUGGUAGAGUGGCCAGACGGAAGCCACUCUUCAGUAAAAGGCACAUGACAGCCCACUUGGAGUUUGCCAAAAGACACCUAAAUGUCUCUCAGACCAUGAGAAACAAGAUACUCUGGUCUGAUGAAACCAAGAUUUAACUCUUUGGCCUGAAUACCAAGCAUCACGUCUGGAGGAACCCAGGCACCGCUCAUCACCUGGCCAAUACCAUCUCUACGGUGAAGCAUGGUGGUGGCAGCAUCAUGCUUUGGGGAUGUUUUUCAGCGGCAGGGAAUGCGAGACUAGUCAGGAUCGAGGGGAAAGAUGACUGGAGCGAAGUACAGAGAGAUCCUUGAUGAAAACCUGCUCCAGAGCGCUCAGAACCUCAGACUGGGGCGACGGUUCACCUUCCAACAGGACAACAACCCUAAGCACACAGCCAAGACAACGCAGGAGUGGCUUUGGGACAAGUCUCUGAACAUCCUUGAGUGGCCCAGCCAGAGCCCGGGCUUGAACCCGAUCGAACAUCUCUGGAGCGACGCUCCCCAUCCAACCUGACAGAGCUUGAGAGGAUCUGCAGAGAAGAAUGGGGGGAAAACUCCCCAAAUACAGGUGUGCCAAGCUUGUAGCGUCAUACCCAAGAAGACUUGUCUGUAAUCGCUGCCAAAGUACUGAGUAAAGGGUCUGAAUACUUACAGUACCAGUCCAAAGUUUGGAUCGACUCAUUCAAAGGGUUCUUUAUUUUUACUAUUUUCUACAUUGUAGAAUAAUAGUGAAGACCUCAAACUAUGAAAUAACAAAUAUGGAAUCAUGUAGUAACAAAAAGUGUUAAACAAAUAAAAAAUAUAUAUAUUUGAGAUUCUUCAAAGUAGCCACUCUUUGCCUUGACAGCUUUGCACUCUCUUGGCAUUCUCUCAACCAGCUUCAUGAGGAAUGCUUUUCCAAAAGUCUUGAAGGAGUUCCCACAUAUACUGAGCACUUGUUGGCUGCUUUUCCUUCACUCUGCGGUCCGACUCAUCCCAAACCAUCUCGAUUGGGUUGAGGUCAGGGGAUUGUGGAGGCCAGGUCAUCUGAUGCAGCACUCCAUCACUCUCCUUCUUGGUAAAAUAGCCCUUACACAGCCUGGAGUUGUGUUGGGUCCUGUUGAAAAACAAAUGAUAGUCCCACUAAGCCCAAACCAGAUGGGAUGGCGUAUCGCUGUAGAAUGCUGUGGUAGCCAUGCUGGUUAAGUGUGCCUUGAAUUCUAAAUAAAUCACAGACAGUGUCACCAGCAAAGCACCCCCACACCAUAACACCUCCUCCUCCAUGCUUUACGUUGGGAACCACACAUGCGGAGAUCGUCCGUUCACCUACUCAGCGUCUCACAAGGACACGGCGGUUGGAACCAAAAAUCUAAUUUGGACUCGUCAGACCAAAGGACAAAUUUCCACUGGUCUAAUGUCCAUUGCUCGUGUUUCUUGGCCCAAGCAAGUCUCUUCUUCUUAUUGGUGUCCUUUAGUAGUGGUUUCUUUGCAGCAAUUCGACCAUGAAGGCCUGAUUCACACAGUCCCCUCUGAACAGUUGAUGUGUCUGACUUGAACUCUGACGCAUUUAUUUGGGCUGCAAUUUCUGAGGCUGGUAACUCUAAUGAACUUAUCCUCUGCAGCAGAGGAAACUCUGGGUCUUCCAUUCCUGUGGUGGUCCUCAUGAGAGCCAGUUUCAUCAUAGCGCUUGAUGGAUUUUGAAACUGCACUUGAAACUUUAGAAGUUCUUAAUUUUCCGUAUUGACUGACCUUCAUGUCUUAAAGUAAUGAUGGACUGUCAUUUGUCUUUGCUUAUUUAAGCUGUUCUUGCCAUAAUAUGGACUUAGCCUUAUUUGGUAAAAGACCAUCUUCUGUAUACCCCCUCUAGCUUGUCACAACACAACUUAAUGCAUUUGAGCGAAUCAGAAGAAAAUAAAUUCCACAAAUUAACUUUUAACAAGGCACACUAGUUAAUUGAAACGCAUUCCAGGUGACUACCUCAUGAAGCUGGUUGAGAGAAUUCCAAGAGUGUGCAAAGCUGUCAUCAAGGCAAAGGGUGGCUAUUUCAUUAGUUAACUGCACCCUCUCUUAACAAAAACACUUUAAUCAUUUUUCAUAUUACAUUCACAAUCCACAGGAUGGAAACUUCAUCUAUGCAGUGGGUAUACUUUCCAAGUUAGUAUGUCUUUUAACAUUUUUAAUGACUUCACAAAAUUACAUUCGUGUUCUAUAGAUCGCCUCUGACCAUUCCCCAAGUUCUACGUUAGAAAUAUUGUUCCAGUAUUCGAUUUUGAACGUGGUAGAGUUUCAGCGGGAAAUGGGUCUGUUGAAACAAAGCACAUUCCUUUGGUGAAUUUGAAGAGCACCGGCCUGGAUUUUCUCCCUUGGUUUUCAACAGGACGUGAGUUGUUAAUCACCACUAGUUCUUUCCUUCCCCCUCUACGGGUGAGCGGGGGUCUGAUUGAAGUUAUUCAUUGCAAACCUGAUCUGACCUAUUUGGAUUCUCGUGGUCAGUCAUGACAAUAUAUUUAAAUGGUGCUUGGACCUCCUGGUAUCAUAUAAACACACAAGACAUGGAAAAAUAAGUAGUUGCAGGAAAUGAGCUUCAAUAUUUUCUCUCCGCCAACGAGGGGUGUGAACAGUUUGGGGUCACAUGGAGUUUAUUACUACACCGAUAAAUGACAAUAUCAAUCCGGACCUUUGCAACCUAGGAAAUGUGUGUGACUGGACCUUCUCAAAUAGUACUUGAGUAUCUCUGCCCUAUUAUUUCACUUAAUGAAUCCAAGUAACUUAUUGUGAUUUUUGUUAAGCAAAUGUAUACUCCUGAACUUAUUUAGGCUUGCCAUAACAAAGUAGGUAAAUACAACGACACUUUGUUAAAUUUUUUUAAAAUUAAUUUGUCAAUUUGUAGAAUGUUCUUUUCACCUUGACAUUAUGGAGUAUUAUAGUAUUAGUAGUAUUCUGUUUCCCCCCCUAAAAUAUCACGAUUUAAGACCUUCAUUCCCACUUUGUAACGCAACAAAAUAUGCGAUAAUGCAAGUUGUGUGUUCUUUGUUUCCAGGGAAAGUAGUGAAGGCCAACGAUGUGAGGUGUGUUCAUAAUGAAGGAAUGCCCAUCCACAGAGACCCUUACGACAGAGGACAGCUCAUCAUUCAUUUCCAGGUUAGUAGGCUCUAUUGGCCUGACUAAACUAACACAUGAUAUGUAGCUGCACAGUAUGAUUGAACUAAUACGUGAUAUAUAGUAGUGUUGUCACGAUACCAACAUUUUACAAACGACACGAUACCAGGCCAAGUAUCACGAAACCGAGCAGUAUCGCGAUACCACAGUGAGAAUUUUUUUUGCCCUGUUCACAUUUUCUAAACGUUCUCUAAAAACCUAGCACUGAAAUUCACACUUCUACUCAAUACAACACAUUUACUUUAACUUCACACUGUUCACUGUAUAAUAGAAUGCUGCAUACAGUGGGGAAAAAAAGUAUUUAGUCAGCCACCAAUUGUGCAUGUUCUCCCACUUAAAAAGAUGAGAGGCCUGUAAUUUUCAUCAUAGGUACACGUCAACUAUGACAGACAAAUUGAGAAUUUUUUUUCCUGAAAAUCACAUUGUAGGAUUUUUAAUGAAUUUAUUUGCAAAUUAUGGUGGAAAAUAAGUAUUUGGUCACCUACAAACAAGCAAGAUUUCUGGCUCUCACAGACCUGUAACUUCUUCUUUAAGAGGCUCCUCUGUCCUCCACUCGUUACCUGUAUUAAUGGCACCUGUUUGAACUUGUUAUCAGUAUAAAAGACACCUGUCCACAACCUCACAGUCACACUCCAAACUCCACUAUGGCCAAGACCAAAGAGCUGUCAAAGGACACUAGAAACAAAAUUGUAGACCUGCACCAGGCUGGGAAGACUGAAUCUGCAAUAGGUAAGCAGCUUGGUUUGAAGAAAUCAACUGUGGGAGCAAUUAUUAGGAAAUGGAAGACAUACAAGACCACUGAUAAUCUCCCUCGAUCUGGGGCUCCACGCAAGAUCUCACCCCGUGGGGUCAAAAUGAUCACAAGAACGGUGAGCAAAAAUCCCAGAACCACACGGGGGGACCUAGUGAAUGACCUGCAGAGAGCUGGGACCAAAGUAACAAAGCUUACCAUCAGUAACACACUAUGCCGCCAGGGACUCAAAUCCUGCAGUGCCAGACGUGUCCCCCUGCUUAAGCCAGUACAUGUCCAGGCCCGUCUGAAGUUUGCUAGAGUGCAUUUGGAUGAUCCAGAAGAGGAUUGGGAGAAUGUCAGAUGAAACCAAAUGGGGCGGCGCACAAUUGGCCCAGCGUCGUCCAAGGCAGGGAUGUAGCUCAGUUGGUAAAGCAUGGCAUUUGCAACGCCAGGGUUGUGGGUUCGAUUCCAGUAUAAAAAAAUAUGAUGUUAAAAUUUAUGCACUCACUAACUGUAAGUCGCUCUGGAUAAGAGCGUCUGCUAAAUGACUUAAAUGUAAAAUAUAACUUUUUGGUAAAAACUCAACUCGUCGUGAGUUGCAUCCAAAGAACACCAUACCUACUGUGAAGCAUGGGGGUGGAAACAUCAUGCUUUGGGGCUGUUUUUCUGCAAAGGGACCAGGACGACUGAUCCGUGUAAAGGAAAGAAUGAAUGGGGCCAUGUAUCAUGAGAUUUUGAGUGAAAACCUCCUUCCAUCAGCAAGGGCAUUGAAGAUGAAACGUGGCUGGGUCUUUCAGCAUGACAAUGAUCCCAAACACACCGCCCGGGCAACGAAGGAGUGGCUUCGUAAGAAGCAUUUCAAGGUCCUGGAGUGGACUAGCCAGUCUCCAAAUCUCAACCCCAUAGAAAAUCUUUGGAGGGAGUUGAAAGUCCGUGUUGCCCAGCGACAGCCCCAAAACAUCACUGCUCUAGAGGAGAUCUGCAUGGAGGAAUGGGCCAAAAUACCAGCAACAGUGUGUGAAAACCUUGUGAAGACUUACAGAAAACGUUUGACCUGUGUCAUUGCCAACAAAGGGUAUAUAACAAAGUAUUGAGAAACUUUUGUUAUUGACCAAAUAAUUAUUUUCCACCAUAAUUUGCAAAUAAAUUCAUUAAAAAUCCUACAAUGUGAUUUCUGGAUUUUUUCCUCAUUUUGUCUGUCAUAGUUGACGUGUACCUAUGAUGAAAAUUACAGGCCUCUCUCAUCUUUUUAAGUGGGAGAACUUGCACAAUUGGUGGCUGACUAAAUACUUUUUUCCCCACUGUAGAUAGCUGCACAGUAUGAUUUAAUUAAUACAUGAUAGAUGGCUGCACAGUAUGAGGUAGGUUCCUGCCAUCAGCUCUGCUUGUUUAAGGAGAUCCCUUCUAAUCUAAGAAGAUUAUCGUUGUGGUUUUCUAAGAGCCACCUCUCACCGCCUGCUAAGCCUGUAUCGGGGUUGUCUGAAAUGGCACCCUAUUCCCAAUAUAGUGCUCUACUUAUCUAGGGAGCCCUGGUCAAAAGGAGUGUACUAUAUAGGGAAUAGGGUUGGUUGCCAUUUGACACACAGCAGUGAUACAGGCUGACAUUACAUGGAGUACAACUAGUGUCAGGUCUGUACUCACCUCUCCAUGUCCCUCCCCAUCAGGUGGAGUUCCCAGAUAAACACUGGCUGCCAGAGCACCUCCUCCCCAAGCUGGAGGCCCUCCUCCCCCCCAGAGACGAGCAUCUGAUCUCAGACGACAUGGAGGAGGUAGACCUGACGGAGAUGGAUCGCAACUACUCCCAACAGAGGAGCUCCAGCAGUGGAGGAGGGAAGCCGAGCUUCGACGAUAUUGACGAUGAGGAGGGGGGUGGCCAGGGCGUGCAGUGCCAGCAGCAGUAGAACGUAGAAACUCAUGCUGCGCUGAAUGUUUCGUUUGUAGAAUCUAUGUAUACAAAUCACGUCAAACUCAGUUCCUGAAGGACUGGGUUUGACAAAAGCCUUAUUCAUUAGAGUUCAUAGUCCACUGUUCUCAAGCGCUGCACUGAAAUGCCUACUUUCACAGCAAUGUCAUGUUUUAGGCAGGUACAUCCAAGCCAUAUCUCUUUAGGCAGUACAUCCAAGCCAUAUCUCUUU